AUGGGUCCUCACCCUGCCAUCUUGGCGCCAAUUCGACUGACUAGAUGCAGGACACGCCGGGUCAAGUGUGACGAGCAAAAGCCUCUGUGUCGGCGAUGCGUCCAAGCAGGUCGACUAUGUGGCGGUUAUAAGCACGGAAGCAAGUCGUCAUCGGCUUUGCAGCCUGCUCUGAAGAUCGGCGUCAUAGCGGACAGCGAUACAGAGAGGCUAAGCUAUCUCGCUGCUCAUGUGCUGUCUCUGGACAACAACAGCCGUCCUCUGCAAGAAGAUGGUGCCUGGGGGCACAUAUUUCUCCAGCUAUCGAAUCAAGUCGAAUGUGUCAAGGCCGCCGCUGCCGCGUUUGGGGCUGCGUACGAAUCAUCGCUCAAUAACUCCAACGUAAAAGCCCCUCGUUCCGCCUGGCGAUACUACGGCUCAGCCCUUGCAAGGCUUCAAUCCGAUUUCAACAACGAGACUGCCGGCCCAGAGUCCCUAGCUCUGGCAUCAAUAAUUCUAGCCUGCGUUGAGAUCCUCAGCCAAUACGAACAAAAUGCAUUUGUCCAUUUUCUUGGGGCCGUACAGAUCCUGACCAAGACCUACCAGCGUCGCCAGAGAGCUCCAUCUGCCGGCAUUCUCAGAACAAUCAAAGACGAGCUAUUCAAGCUUGACGUCUUGAUUGGAAGCUAUGCCAUGUCCCAGACGCCUAUAUUUAUGCACCUGGAAUCUCAAGAAGAAACCGCUGGAGAUUAUGCGCUCCGUGAGCCAAAGCUUGCGAUUAACGCUGCGAUGCUCUGCCUUCACCGAUCAUAUCAGUUCAUAGAGUCGGCUGCCCGGCUGCGGUACACGUAUCCGAGCUGGAAAGAGCAUGAUCCUAUCAUGUGCAAAGGUCAAUCUGAUGCGGUGACCCAAUGCCGUUUGGUUCUCGAUGGCCUUGUGGCGCUUGCCACGAGACUGCAAUCCACAUAUUCGUCCACGACGUCUACGCGGAGAGAUUCGGAGACGCUGGCUGAGAUUUAUUCUAUUCGCACACAGCUGACGGCGACUAUAAUAUUCAUCCUCUGUAUUCACAAACCAUUCCAAACGGCGUAUGAUGAACACCAGGACCUAUUUCGAAGCAUCGUGAGUGAUGCUGCAGCGUCAGCGCGGUUGAGGCGGCGGACCAAUUCCAGCGCUUUCAAACGCUUCUCAAUGCGUCCUGGCAUUAUCAGCUCUCUCUUCAUCGUGAGUGAGAAGUGCAGAGAUCCUUCGCUGCGUGGUUUAGCAACGACGAUGCUCAAGGAACAAGGCCGCGAGGGGCCUACCGAUGGACAAAUCAUGGCGGCAAUUGGUGCUCGACUGGCUGCUCUUGAGACAUCUGCCAGUGUGCCUUCUGCCUCCGGCAUUCCGCUAGCUGCCUGCAACGUCCUCGAAAGGCAGAGGCUUCAUGGCUACGGGAUUUCUCCUUUAAGAUUAAUUGGCGAGGGCCGCCGCGUCGUUGACGUUGAAUUCAGCCGGCCAAACCCACCCCUCGAGCAAGGGUGGGGUCAUGUUGAUUACUCAUGUCUGGAUAACUGGACAUUCUGGUCGGAAACUAUCAAUGUAUAG